UUUAUACUUCUUUAUUUAUUCAAUUACUUUUACCUCUCUUGAUCUCGAUCCCUUCGCUCGCUCCCCAACUCUCUUUCUCUCGCUCGGUUUGAUAAUUUCUGGAUCCCAUGUUUGCUUCGGAAGUUCCUUGAGGAAAUGAUUGGAAUGUGAACCAUUAAGUUAAAAAAGUUUUCAGCUUGUACCAAAAUGGGGAACCUACACCGUAGUGGAGUUUUUAGGAAAUCAAGCAACGAUGGCGCUAGGCUUAUAAUAAUGACAAUUAUUGGAAUCGUCUUAGGAUUUUUUAUUGGUGCUUCCAUUCCAUCUGUUUCUCUAACCAAGAUCAACUUACCUUCAAGCCUUCUAUCAUCUCUUGACGUAGCCAUCAUUGACUUUCAUAGAUCCACUGGAAGCAAAUCUCUUGAAAGUGUUGGAUCUGGCAAUUUACCCAAGAUAUAUGUGCCAACAAAUCCUCGCGGGGCAGAGUCAUUACCUCCAGGAAUUAUUGUACCAGAGUCUGAUCUUUUUCCACGAAGAUUAUGGGGCAAACCCAGUGAGGAUCUGAAGAAAAAGCCAAAAUAUUUGGUAACAUUUACUGUUGGUCUUAACCAGAGAAAGAACAUUGAUGCAGCAGUAAAAAAGUUUUCUGGGGAUUUCAUGAUUAUGCUCUUUCAUUAUGAUGGCCGGACAAGUGAAUGGGAUCAAUUUGAGUGGUCCAAGAGUGCAAUCCAUGUCAGCGUGAGGAGACAAACAAAAUGGUGGUACGCGAAACGAUUUUUGCAUCCUGAUGUUGUUUCAGCCUUUGAAUAUAUUUUUAUAUGGGAUGAAGAUCUUGGAGUGGAACACUUUAAUGGAGAUAAGUACAUUGAGUUGGUUAAGAAACAUGGCUUGGAGAUUUCUCAACCUGGUCUUGAGCCCAAUAACGGACUAACAUGGGAAAUGACAAAGAGGAGAGGUAACAGUGAAGUUCACAUGGUUACAGAUGAGAAGCCAGGCUGGUGUAAUGACCCACACUUGCCUCCUUGUGCUGCGUUUGUAGAAAUUAUGGCCCCUGCCUUUUCUCGGGAAGCUUGGCGUUGCGUGUGGCAUAUGAUUCAGAAUGAUUUAGUACAUGGAUGGGGAUUAGAUUUUGCUCUCAGAAGAUGCGUAGAGCCUGCACAUGAAAAAAUUGGGGUCGUUGAUUCGCAAUGGAUUGUACAUCAAGUAAUACCUUCUCUUGGAAGUCAGGGCCAGUCCGAGAAUGGGAAAGCUCCAUGGGAAGGGGUGAGAGCAAGAUGUAGAAAUGAGUGGGCUGAGUUUCAGUCUCGCCUCUCCAAUGCAGAUAAAGCAUACCUUGCUGAGAGUGGGAAGGAUUAAUUUUUUUAUAUUUUUGUACAUGUUUUCCUUUUGCCUUAGCCCUUGUGUGGUGGUGUUUAUGACCUUAGUGCUGCAUACCACGAUUUCUUUUCUUUUCAUUUCCUUUAAUUUUUUUAAAAAAUGUCCUUUUGCA